AAAGCGCUUUACUUGUCCCCUCUCAGAUCAGCCGAAAGAUGUUGCCAUGUGUUGUGGUAUACCUGUGUUACGUGAAUGGUACGGAAUGUCUCGCCGCAGGAGGAAAAUGGCGGACGGAAACACUUCCGCAGAAACAAGCGUACCAAAAGCCAAAUAUAUACCGAAAUCCCAUAACGAUGCCUCUGCAAAACCAACAGAUAUACAAAUUACGCCUUCUUACGUCCAGGAACUCAUAGAGGCAAAGAAAAAGAAUAGAACUCAGUACAUAAGGAUUUUCGUCGCGUUUCUUGGAGUGUUGAUUUUCGCUGGAGUUUUGACGUCCGCUUUGUACACAACCGAGUUUUCUCGGUACGACAAGCUAGGACCCAUCUCGUUUGACCCAAGAAAAGGAAAGCUGGUAAUUAAAAAUGCAGGAAUGGAGAGUGCUUUAGCUGGAUAUUUAGGCAGGAAUGUUGUGACGAAGUCAAUCUACAAGAGAAAAACUACAAACCAGCUGUUGUCGUACGAAUGGCACAGCGGGGCGAAAGUCAGGAUUCAGAGAGAUCCAAACUUUAGUAAAUGCUAUCAGAUAAUAUGGUCUCCAGGAUCAAGCAGUGUUUCAGGCUUUCAGGAUGACUUUCGACUCGAUAAAAUGCACUGGUUUGGUGGGUCAGAGCUUUACAUGCAAGCCUGGCCAUUAGAAAAGGCUGAAAUUAACAUGCAGCCAUAUAUCCCAAGUGAUACAAUUCUAAAUUUCCUAUCGAACAGGACUGCGUACGGUGGUGUGCUUGAGCGGUAUUGGCUUAAUUCUAAUGGAAUUGCUAUUGUUGUUGAUGAGGAAGUUCCAUUGCUCAUUGCAAUCAAUGACAGCAACAAUAAUAAGUUUUCCAUGAAAGCCUCUUGGGUAGAAUAUGGGAAGCCUGUGGCUACAGUUCAGUUGUCCUAUCGAGUCUGUAUUGGAGAAAACAUCAAGGACGUUCACCAGUAUGUCAUGCGCAACCUGUAUACCCUACCAACAUCAAUACCAAACCAGUCCAUCUUCAAGUACCCUAUAUGGUCUACUUGGGCACAAUAUGGAAAAAGUGUCAACCAGACUAGUGUCCUAGAAUAUCUACAGAACUUACGCAAGUUCAAUUUUACAGGGAGUCAGAUUGAGAUCGAUGACAUGUACUCAACAGCAUAUGGAGAUUUUGACUUUGAUCCAGAAAAAUUCCCAGAUCCAUUGAGUAUGGUGCAGCAGAUACAUGAUGCAGGGUUUGCUGUGACCAUGUGGGUUUACCCAUUUGCUAAUGUUGGCUCGGAGGCUUUCCACAAAGGCAUGCCAUACUGGGUUAAUGGCCCUGGUGGGCUGCCUGGUCUGGUAAAAUGGUGGAAUGGUGUUGGCACUGCAUUGGACACCACAAAUACUGCUGCGACCAAAUGGUUUGUGAAACGGCUGGAAGAAUUUCAAACAAAAUACAAGCUAGAUGCAUACAAGUUUGAUGCAGGAGAAGUAAGUUAUCUCCCAAAUGCAUAUCAGUUAAAAAAUCUAACAUAUGGAAAUCCAAGUUUCUAUUCAGCAAACUAUGCAAAAAUGGCUUCCAAAUUUGGUGAUAGGAUUGAAGUUCGAGUUGGUCACCGGACACAGAGUAUACCAGUGUUUGUCCGGUUUUUGGACCGAACAUCAAAGUGGGAUGAGAAAGAUGGUCUGCGAUCAGUCAUCCCUGCAACUUUGACAUUGGGGAUCCUUGGUUACCCAUUUGUAUUACCUGACAUGAUCGGUGGAAAUGGUGCUCAGCUAAACUCCAAUUCUGACAGCUUUAACAAACCAGAUAAUGAACUUUAUGUACGCUGGAUGCAAGCAGCUGUCUUUCUUCCUACGAUGCAAUUUUCAUUCCCUCCUUGGCUCUAUGGAAGCAAUACCAUCAACAUUGCAAAGAGGCUUUUAGAUUUGCGUGCAAAAAUCUCAGAGACUUUAAUCCUUUUUGCAAGACAAGUCAAUCAGUCAACAGCUCCUAUCAUACGCCCCCUCUGGUGGGUGGCACCCAACGAUGACAUAGCUCUUACCCUAGAUUCUGAGUUUCUUGUGGGGGAUAGAUUCCUUGUGGCACCAGUCUUGAGACCCUACUCUGAGAACAAAGGCAAGCACAAGGUGUAUUUACCUCAGGGAAAGUGGAAAGAAGAAUUUAGAGACUUUAAAGUCAUCACAGUCCCUAAGCCUGGCCAGUGGAUUGAGUACACAGUGACACUAGAAGACCUGCCAUACUACUCAUUCGCUUAGGACACUUAACUUUCAACUUGGUGUUAUACUUGAAUUUAUAUGAUUCAGAUAUAUGUACACAUAUAUAUUUAUUAUACAAAAAAGAGUGUAAUACUAGAUGAUAACAAAAUGAUAAAACUGGUAUGCCACUGCUGGUUUAUAUCAUAUUUAUCAACACAUGUGGUGAAAACAGAAACCAAUGAGCUUUCAGUAUUUUCAUGGACAUCUGAAAGAUUUUAUAUAAGAUUUUAUGUAAUAAAUAGUACUUUACAUGACUGCUUGCGGAUAUAAUUUAUCUUUUCAUGCAAAUAUUUUUCAUCACUCGUUCACUCCUGUGCUCACUUGUUCAAGAUGAUAUCAACAGUCAAAGAUAAUAUUUGUAUCCACAUGUGACCAUGUAAUCUCUAUAUUUUUUAAAUUUAUACCUGAAUUAUGGUAGAUGAAUAAAUGUAUCUAUAUGUUUUUUUA